AUGGACUUUUUUGAGGCCGAGCUUUCUGCUCCAUAUCCGUUGGCUGCUCCAAGAAUCUACAUCAGUAUGACUAAAAAACCGUACAUCUACAAACAAGAUCUACUCUGUCAAAUGCAAUUAGUGAUAAUGAAUAAGGACAUGAGACGUAAUCACGACAACGUUGCGUUAAUGUCUUGUAUCGGGAUUUACAUGCGGACCAAAGAGGAGAUGAUGGAAGGAAAAUGCGAGUUCGCGCCAUUCGAAAAUCUCAAAAUCGAUCAGUUUGAAAAGGAUGUCACCAAACGAUUCAAAUACGCCAGUCAACACAACAGAAAGUUCAAAUUGAAACAAAAGACAUUCGAGAGCGUUUUUGAGAAAAUCAAAGAGCUCAUGCCACUAAACAAGCAUGAUCCGGAAUAUAAAUCACUUCGAAAGACCCUCAUGAGAUUUCACAAAAUUGCGCCAGUGGAGGAGAAUCUACAAUUCUACGAUUACACGGUCAACAUGCUUUACGAGAUCACUGACGAGUUUGAAAAGUUCAUCGAAGCCAAUAAGCCAUGGUUCGUUCCAAACGUUGAGAGCCCUGCCUAUGUUCGCGUUCUCAAAGAGGCCAAAGGAAGUUUUGUUUUGGGAUUUGAGCUUUUGAAUGAAAUGCAACGUUGUGGAAUGGAUACUAUUGAUCUUGAGGAGAGGCUCAAGGAUAAGGAUCCAUUGUUUUGUAUGGAAGUUCGAGAUGUGCUUCCGAUCACUUUGAGGAAGCCUGUUGAGGUGAGAACCUUGUGGACGAUAUAA